AUGGCCUCCCACGGACACAAGUUGCCGGGCAUGCACCAACGCCAUGGGCAGCAAGCAAUGUACGCAGCCGCUCCUCAGGGGCAGCAGCAGCCGGUGCACCUUCCGGCCUCGACAGCCCCUGCCGGCACCUUCUCGCCCGGCACAAAGAUUCAGGUCGGCGAGCACAAGGUGGUGAUCCAGAAGUACCUGUCCGAGGGCGGUUUUGCGCACGUCUAUCUGGUCAGGCUCCCGCACCCUGUUGACGGGACCGACCAAGCGGUCCUGAAGCGGGUGGCGGUACCGGACAAGGAGACCCUGCGUGGGAUGAGGACCGAGGUUGAGACGAUGAAGAAGCUCAAGGGCCACCGCCCCAUCGUCAAGUAUAUUGAUUCGCAUGCUUCCGAGCUCAAGGGCGGCGGUUACGAGGUGUUCCUGCUCAUGGAGUUCUGCAACGGCGGCGGCCUCAUUGAUUUCAUGAACACACGCCUGCAGCACCGGCUGACCGAGCCCGAGAUCCUCAACAUCUUCACCGACGUCGCCGAGGGCGUCGCCUGCAUGCACUACCUCAAGCCUCCGCUACUUCACCGCGACCUCAAGGUCGAGAACGUCCUCAUCACCAACAAUGGCUCCCGCAAGAAGUUCAAGCUCUGCGAUUUCGGCUCGGCCGCGCCGCCCAAGCCAGCCCCGCAGACCGUCGUCGAGUGCCGCCUGGUGGACGAGGAUGUGCAACGGCACACGACUUUACAAUAUCGAAGCCCCGAGAUGGUCGACGUAUACCGUAAGCAGCCCAUAGACGAGAAGUCCGACAUCUGGGCGCUAGGCGUGCUCCUGUACAAGCUCUGCUACUACACCACGCCAUUCGAGGACCAGGGCCAGCUCGCCAUCAUGAAUGCGAGCUACAGGUUCCCCAGCUAUCCUGCCUUUUCGGACCGGUUGAAGAGCCUAAUAGCGUCAAUGCUGCGAGAGAACCAGACUUCGCGACCAAACAUCUACCAGGUCCUCCGUGAAGGGUGCUCAAUGCAAGGACUGCAGGUACCAAUACAUGAUAUAUACGCAGGCAGGUCGCAAUCAGAGCCACGCAAGCCAGAGCACCAGCCGCCACCGGAGCAGCGGGCAUCCGCCAAGCCUGUGGUUGGUGCGGUGUUCUCUCCUCCACCUCAGCAGACCCAGGUUAUCCCGGACAUUGUGCCGAUGCGGCGUGGCCGACCGCAAGCUGCGGCCUCAGUCACACCUAAUCAGUCUUCUCGGCCGAGCCCUUCGCCUGCGCGUGUGACGCAAGGCGAUCCAUUUGCCGCGCUUGACUCAAAGCCCGCCGUACCAGCUGGCGACAUGGAUGACGUCUCUUCGAGGUUUCCCAGCCUCGACCAGUUCUCACUUCUUCACGACAAGAAAGGAUCGACGUUUGAUUUUGAGAAGCCUGCCCCAGGUACAAAGGGGUUGAAUGUUACAACUCAACGGGUUGCUGAUGAUGAUGACGACGACGACGAUGUCAACAAUGCUUUCGCUAUUGCAUCCGCCAUGCCCCCUGAACUACCGUCCGAGCGACACAUUACGCUCGAACAGGGUCGCAUUCGUGGCACAGUCCCCGGCGCACAGCCGCCGGUCGCUUCGACUCCCAAACCAGCGUCUGCACCGCCAAAACCUGCAUCCGAGAUGAGUCGCGCCUCAAUGAUCAUCUCGAACAAUCCCGAGCUGCAAGCCAUCGCAUCGCCGCCUUUGAAGCAGACGCAGGUUCCGCCGCCUCGCACGUCUAACACAACGCCCAAUGUGAUCGGCAGCAUAUCCCCCCCGGCAAGAAUCCCGCAGGACUACCCUCCGAUCCACAGAUUUCCACCAGCAGAUCAAUUCAAGGCGCCGAGCUUGCAGCGGCCUAUGGAAACCAGAAGCAGUGGCCAAUUGCGUACCGAUGCUGCGCAGGCUGUACGCGGCUUCCAACCACAGGGGGCGUCGCCUGGCUAUCAACCACAACAUCCUUCGUCCUCGCGUCCAUCUCUCGAAGGCGGUCGACCAAGUGCAGACAACCUCGAGCUGUUGCAGAAGUCCUCAUCCUCAUUGGGAAGACCUCGGCCAUCAAGCACAUACUUAGAAUCGAACCUCGACUAUCUACGUGAGAGGGAAGCAGCGCCGAGGCCACUGAAACCCUCUCCAUCGCCUCGUCUGGAUGAUGGACCGAUGGCGGCUCCCGACUACCAAGAUGAGAGCACGAUCGAGUCCAAUGUCGAAUUCUUGAGGUCUAUGGAAGAGCCAGACGCAAAGAGCAAGAAGGACAAGGCUGGCAAGCAUGGGAAAAGAGGCAGCUUGACGUCUCUCUCUGGGACUAAGAACAUCCUUGCUGGCAAGUUUGGGGAUGCCUUCAAGAGAUUCGAAAGCAGUGGCUCUACGUCCGCGGCCAAAACGCCUUCGCCGCUAAAGGAGCACGACCGGUUCGAUCUGACACCCAUAGCGGGCUCUGAAGCCACCGACGGCCGGAGCGAUGAUGGCAUAGUACACGGCGAGGCGGAACUGACCCCAGAGAUGCGGCGGGAGCGCGAAGCACAGAGUUUGGCCGAGGAAGAGAGACGUGUUGAGGCCGCGGCGGCUGAGUACAAACUUCGUGUCGCUGCACGGAGUACUGGGGCUGCUGCUCCUCCAGCACUGCCAAAGAGUAUCGGUGGGGUGUCUCGAGCUGUGAGUAUCCAGAACCGAGUGCAAGCCCUACUCGACGAGUCACAGAACUCGCCCAUACAGCGGACCGCAUCUGGAUACGGGCAGUUCUCAGACAAGGCAACUGCAGUCAGCCGACUUGACAAGGAGCUUCCCCAGCUCCCUCGCAAGCCUGUCACGGGUGCGAUACCGCCACGAGCAUCGACGCUGCCCAACGAGAUGCCUAUCCGCGGCGGCCGUCCGGGCUCGAGCAACACCGAUCCGGGACUCUCUCAGCGGCCCACGCCGCCGCCCAAGCCGAGUCUCGCUCCGAAGCCGACACACCUGAACAGCCUUGGAACAGGUGGUAGGCCCAAAUCGCCGCCGAAGCCGCAGAACAUGCAGAUCCCGCAGGGCCGGGCCCAGAGCUCAGUCGCAGCGGUGCCAAAUCCGGCUCUGAUGUCACCUCAGGAAAAGGAGGACUACAUUGAGGAUUUCAGCAAGCGUUACCCGAGUCUCGUGGCGAUUGAGAGUGUGGAGCAGGACUUUGGCGCUGACGCCCGCCCCAAAACGGGACGAUGA